AGCUUUCGCACGUCACACCGAUGUCUUCUCCUCGCAUGUGUCGACACGGCGGCGGCGGAGACGGCAGUAACGGCCCGGCGACGGCUGCAUCGACGGGAUUUUACUACUACAGCAGUGGAAGGAGAUAACAGAACGUAAAGCAAAUGGAUAACGGUGUCUUCCUCCGGAGGAAGGAGAUGGUAGCGGCGUGCACGUGAAGUCCAGCGAGCCAGUGUCGCGGAAACUGCGAGAGAAGAGGUUGUUCGACUGGCCUGUUCCCCAGCUUAGGCAUUCCCGAAGAGGAGUAGUUAUCGUUAAGAACUGAUAUUUCCUAGGGUCCUUAUCGGUGAAAACGUCUUGGUUUAUCGCGGCCAAUUUCUUCGUCAACCUUGGCAUUGAUUAUGGACAGAACACGAUUGGCGUAUGCCACGGCUGCCGCAGUGGGCGCCGGUACAGCGGUUUUCGUCAUCUGGUGGUGGUGGACCAGAAGGCAAAAACAACAGUUGCCGACUAAGUGGCGUAAGGUUGGAGAACUGAGCGACUUGAUCGUUUUCCCGGUCAAAUCGCUCGGUGCAGUUCGCAUCACGGCGAUGGAAUGUACACAGUUGGGCCUGAAGUCAGGUUGGUUGAGAGAUCGGACACUGAUGGUAAUCGAUCUCGACGGACGAUUUAUCACCGCCAGACAAAUGCCGAAGAUGGUCCAGGUAUCGCCUAACAUUUCCGGUUCUGUGCUAACGCUUCGCGCUCCAGGGAUGAUGUCGAUAUCAGUGGACCUUGCUCAACUUCGUGGCAAAAGCUUCCGAGCUGCUGUAUGGGGCCAAGCAGUGCCAGCAUGCGACUGUGGUGAAGAACCUGCUCGAUGGCUGUCACGCUUCCUGCUUCAAGAGGACGUCGGUCUUAGAUUGGUUUAUUAUACGUUAGAUCAAACGUCGCGAGACGUGAGAGCGAUCAAUAAGGGUUUCCCCUUGGCAGAGGCGAUAGAUACCGGAGCCUAUCCAGAUGCAACGAGUUAUAGUCUGGUCACCGAGGCUUCGAUAACGGAUCUUAAUAGUCGGUUGAAAAAACCAGUCACGCCACAGCAAUUUCGUAUGAAUUUCGUGGUCAAGGGUACCACCGCUUACGAGGAAGAUAAAUGGGACUGGGUGAAGAUCGGGAACGUCGUAUUGAGAAAUGUCAGGCCAUGUACGAGGUGCAUCUUUACUACGGUGGAUCCGGAAACCGGCAAGAAGAAUAUUGAUGUGGAACCCUUAAAGACCUUGAAAAGUUACAGGCAAAUAAAUGACCCCGAGCUGCGACCUUACGUCGGUGAUAGUCCUAUUAUGGGCAUCCACCUUGGACUAAGAGGAUCUAACGGAACGGUUCGUUUGGGUGAUCCCAUUUAUGUUAAUGUACCGGACGAGGAGAAGGAAACACCGCCUUUGACUUCACCGUCAUAGCUAUGGCGUUGGGAUUCCUGCGAACAUUUAGAACACGAAGGAAACAAUAUUUCAACGCUCGAAGAUGAAGGAACCGGUGAAAUGGAAUUCGAGGUAAACGAUAAAAGAGAUAUGUAAUGUUCAUAAAAAUGUGUAAUAGUCACACGUACAAUUGUAUACGUGAAAUACCUUUAAUUGGUAUAUUCGGCGGAUCGUACUGAUAGGAGCUGUAAAAUUUGGAGCUAUAUAAUUAGUUAUAUAUAAUAUAUAACUAAUCACUGAUGUGUAUGUCCUAUGAUAAGCUUUGCACUGUGGGUCUAAAUGAACAACGAUGUGGGUUUUAAAAAUAUGAUUAAAUCCACACGCGACCUAGAUCUAUGAUCUUUGUAUUGUUACGGAAUUGCGAUAGUGUGCGUCUUAGAAACUCGGAAAUAUAUUUUGUUAAAUCGUUAAGAUAUUAGUAUCUUCUCCCUAUGUGUAUACAUGUGAAUGUGUGUAUGCAAGUGUGAAUAAUGUUUAUGUAAAGUGAUCGAUUUAUAUAUAUUAUAAGAUAGAGAAGCAAGUGUCAGUUCAUUUUGAGAGAUGAGACUGGCCGAAUUUCGACAAUUAAGCGAGUCGUUUAAAGCUUCAAGCAUUUCUUGAAAAUAAACAAAUAUAUUCAAACUGACAGCUCAGUAAACAUGAAAUAAUAAUAUUACAUCAGUUACAAUGUUGUAAUUUUCUAUUCAACAAUGCAAUGUGACAUGUUAUAUGUAACAAUGACAUUACUUAGUGGGAAAUUAUAACAUUGACGUAAUAUAACUAUUAUUCAAUGCUUACCGGGAUGUAGUUCAUUUUUUAUUCCGACACUUCGUCAAAUAUUGAUAAUGUAUUGUAAGUAUAUAUAUUUGACCUCAAAAUGGAUGAUAAAGCUAUUAAUCGCACAACAAUAAUAACGCGCGUGUAUUGCAUAAUAUGAUUUUGCAAAACCACACACCCAAAUAACACAAGAAGUCUUGAGAUUAUCUUGGACCCAGAUAAGAUAGAAAAUUACGAUAACGUCAAAAUGAGGAGAAAAUAAUCGAAUCAUGAUCGAAAAGUAAGUUUUUACAGUUAUCUUCUCGUCAUUUUGAUGUCAUCGUGAUUUUCUGUUUCAUCUAGGAUGUACAUGAGACAUUUUAGAGUACUCUUCAGGUCUUUUAGACUCGUUUAAAAUGGUCUCAGGUAGAACAGAUAAUGAAAAUAAUGUCAAUCUGACGUCUUUUUGACCAAAAAAUGAUGUAAGUUUGGUCAAAAUGACGUCAGAUUGACAUUAUUUUGAUCAUCUGUUCUACCUGGAGUUCUGCGACGUCUUGGUGCUAUAUGGAUAACAAUAACGGAUAUUGUUCUACUGUGCUUUACUUGAUUUUUCCAACUUGUUCGAUUAUUUCAAUUUUAUAUAAACACUUCCUGUAAAUCUCUCCUAUAUUCACGAGCGGGAACUUAAACGUUAUGUUCAAAGCUACGCCGAAAAUCCCCUAAUAAGCGAAAUGUUAACGGUAUGUCGGCAGAUUGGCAGCACAUUUAAUAAUUAGAAUGCCGCAGAUAGCCAUCUUGGCCACAUUAAACUUCAAUGCUGUCGACAGAAUCUGCUUACAUAACCCUGACAGCAGAUUGGCGGUGGGGAUCGAGGAUACCUGCGGUAUAUUCCAUUUAAAUGUAAUCAAACAGUUAGGGAAUGACAGACCUUGCUUGGUUUCUGCCGACAAUAUGCCAUUGUAUUCUUAGUAGAUCCUGUUAUUCCAGGUAGAAGAAACUUUUAAGAUUUCUGUAUCUUAAAACAUUCAAAAGAAAUAUGAUGUCUUUUGAACUUCUUUAUUUUAGAAGUUUAUAUUUCCGCUAAAGAGUAAGCUAUUGCUAAAAGUUUUUAUAGCAGACACACCGCAAAAUCUGUCUCCGCAGGUGGCCAAUUGCCCAACUCUAGUGUGAAUUUUGUCACUUUAGUUGAUAUCUGGACCAUCUAAUAUUUUUCUAAUCAUAUUUUUGUAUCAUAGGGUUAAAUUCGAAUAAAUUACAAACGUUCCCUCACAA